GGUGGGACGUCACUCCGGCUGCCGUCGUGUCGGGAUUGGAAUGUUACAGUGAAACAAUCGGAACAACUAAGCGCUCGGGCACUGGGCACUCGGAUCAAGGGGUCUUUCUGUUUAAACAGCUUCUUUCGCUAUUGCUCUUAGUGCUUCAAGGGUUGCCGGAGUCGGCCGGUAUUAGUGUCAGUUUUCCUUUUGUUUAUUUUAGGUCCGGUGGCGUUAACCCGAUGAGAAGGAUUUAUAUUAACGCGUAUGGGGCGCUAUCGGAUAAAUAAAAAAUAUGAGAUGCAGGGAUUUGUUAGGUUACAGUCGCUUAGAUAAACUGUUACUCUUUUGCUUUUCAUGCAUCUGAUUUCGCUACAAUCAUGGAGUGAAUCACAAUUGCAGCAAAUAUACAGCGAAAGCGGGGCAAAUUGACUCAGAGGCAUCUGGAUGUUACCAAACGUAAGGCUUUAAACCCUUGUCGGCGUGUUAACGACUUAACAUCCAAACUGUGGGUACUCUCCCGGUCAGUUGCUCUGAGGUAAAGCGGCUCGGACCCUCCGCCAGGCUUGUCUAGAGAUUGUUAGCCAUUGCUCUCCAGUCCCAGGCGAGGAAAUGCGGAGUGAAGGUGUAGCUUUGUAUGCGUAGGUACGGCAGAGAUUGUAGACACAGAUUUCAUUUUAAAACUGGAUUUAGAUAAGAAAAUCCUCCGCCGCUCCGCACAAUUACGCCGUCGUAAAAUGGUAGGUAGAAAAGGGAGAGACAGAGAUAAUAAAUAAUAAAGUCGCCCACAUGCUCUGGAUCAAUCGCUGGAUUGGGGAACGGAAUCAGAAGAAGAGGGAAGACGUGAAUUUGAGAGCUUUGUAUGCUGGAAGAUGGCGGAGCGGUGCAGCUGGGGCUGGUGAGAGCAAAACUUCGGGGCGCUUUGGAUUCAUUCGCGAACAUCUCGAUUCAGAUCGCAGGACACAUGCAGGCCAAAAAACGCUAUUUAAUUUUGCUCUCUGCCGGCGCAUGUCUUGUUCUGCUGUUCUACUUCGGAGGGGUGCAAGUCCCGGCGUCGAGCCGGAGCCCGAGCCGGCGUGACGAGCGCAGUCGCAAUGGGUUUUACCCCGAACAGCCCUGGCCGGACUUCGCGGACUCUUUACAGGCUUUCAUUCCCUGGGAUCAGGUGGAGACCGAGGAUUACAACGUUCACACAUCACCAAGGCAGAAGAGGGACGUCAAUUCAAGCGUUUACAAGGGCAGGAGGUGCCGCAUGGACUCCUGCUUUGAUUUCUCCCUGUGUAAAAGAACCGGCUUUAAAGUUUACGUUUAUCCCCAGCAGAAGGGGGAGAAAAUCUCUGAAAGUUACCAAAAUAUCCUGUCGGCCAUCGAGGGCUCCAGGUUCUACACCUCGGAUCCUGGACAGGCAUGUCUGUUCGUGCUGAGCCUGGACACACUGGACCGGGAUCAGCUGUCACCGCAGUAUGUGCAUAAUCUAAAAACUAAAGUCCAGAGCUUACAUCUUUGGAACAAUGGUAGGAACCACAUUAUAUUCAACCUGUACUCGGGGACAUGGCCGGACUAUACGGAAGAUCUGGGCUUCGAUAUCGGCCAGGCCAUGUUGGCCAAGGCUAGUAUUAGUACUGAGAACUUCAGACCCAACUUUGAUGUGUCGAUCCCGCUGUUCUCGAAAGAGCACCCCAGGACCGGAGGGGAGCGGGGAUAUUUAAAAUACAACACCAUCCCACCUUUCAGGAAAUACAUGCUGGUGUUCAAGGGAAAGCGCUACCUUACUGGAAUUGGGUCCGACACGAGGAAUGCCUUAUAUCAUGUGCAUAACGCCGAGGACGUGGUGCUACUGACCACCUGCAAGCACGGCAAGGACUGGCAGAAGCAUAAGGACGCUCGCUGCGACAGGGACAACGCUGAAUAUGACAAGUAAGCGUCAGAAUACGUCUUCAGUUUAU